UAUUUACAUGGGACUUUAUGUUGAAGGGAAUAAUGGUAUUUACAUGGGACUGUAUGUUGGAGAAGCUGGUGGGAGGGUGUGAUGUUAUUUACAUUGGACUCUAUGUUGGAAAGACUGGUGGGAGGGUGUGAUGUUAUUUACAUGGGACUGCAGGGAAUGAUGGUAUUUACAUGGAACUAUGUUGGAGAGGCUGGUGGGAGGGUGUGAUGUUAUUUACAUGGGACUGUAUGUUGGAGGGGAGAGAUAUUACUUAGGCUACAUUCACAUUUGCGUUUCAGGAUGUUUGAAACGGAUCCGUCACGCAAAUGAAAGAAACGGAAACCAUUUAAAAGGAUCCGUUCUGAUGGAUCCGUUUGUAAAGCAGAACCGUUUGUCACGUUUGUUUCCGUUUUUGCUUCCGUUUAGCGGAUCCGUUUUAAAGGUGUGAGGAGUGCCUCGAAGUGUCCAGCCACUUUUACAGUGUGUAUAAGCAGGGAACCUCCAUUAAGGCUCCUUGUGUUUUGGGACCAUGCUGCCUGCCCACUUACGUCUGCGAUUGAGGUUUCUAAUCCUGAAAGCGAGAUGGAGAAGACGUGACCAGGAAAGAAGAAGACGCCGCUAUUGGGUCCACCCGAUAACUUCCAAACGGAUGACCAGAGGCGUUUUUUCCGUCCUGUAUUUGGAGCUUCGUGAGCGGCCAGAAACGUUUUUUACCUAUAUGCACAUGACUGUCGAGAGUUUUGACCAGCUACUGCAGCGCAUUUCGACGCGCAUCGAAAGACAGGAUACCCGCUUCAGAAGGGCAAUUUCUCCUGCAGAGCGGCUAAUGGUGACCAUAAGGUUUCUUGCUACCGGAGAAAGUCUGUCCUCGCUGCAUUACCAGUAUCGGAUGGGAAUUUCGACGAUCUCCAGUAUAGUCCAGGAUACUUGUCGUGCCUUGUGGGAGGUAUUGUGUGAGGAUUGCAUCCCACAUCCAACUACACAGCAGUGGCUUCAGAUUGCAGACAAGUUCCUGGAAACCUGCCAAUUCCCUAAUUGUGUCGGAGCGGUGGAUGGGAAACACAUAAGGAUUGUAAAACCUUCCGGAAGUGGCUCCGAAUUCUUCAACUACAAAAAAUAUUUCUCAAUGAUCUUGAUGGCCAUUGCAGAUGCCGAUUACCGGUUUGUUGCCGUUGACAUUGGAGCUUAUGGGUGGACAAAUGACUCAAUGGCUUUCAAAAACUCAGCAAUGGGACGCCUCCUGUAUUCGAAGAACUUUGGAUUGCCACCUCCGAGACCUUUUCCAGGUACUGAUGGACCUCCAGUGCCAUUUGUGGUAGUAGGGGACGAGGCGUUCCAAAUGUGUGAGAACCUCAUCAAGCCGUACUCUAGCCGUGACUUGAACCCUGCUAAGCGAGUGUUUAACUAUAGACUGACACGAGCUAGACAAACGGUGGAGUGCGCCUUUGGCAUUUUGGUUGCUAAAUGGCGUAUUCUCACCAAAGCUAUAAAUCUUAAGGUUGAAACCAUCGACGAUAUAGUCAAAGCUUGUGUAGUUCUACAUAACUAUCUGUUAAUGGAGGAACCACUGCGCCUGGACCCCCAGGAGGUUGAUUGCACACUCACCAGGCUGCAACGUUUGUCAUAUCAGUCAACCCUUGGCGUGGCCGACAUGAGGGACAGUUUCGCCGAUUACUUUGUUUCUGAAGCGGGCAGAGUGAGUUGGCAGGAUAAUGUUGUUUAAACUGUUUGAUCUUCUAUUAAAUCAAAGUUUUUUUUUUUGGUA